AUGUUAUCAAAUUGUGAGAGCGGGAAAACGCAGUUUUCUUCUACACAUACAGCUUCCUCCGUGGCAGCAUAUUCAUCCCUGAAUAAGCUCAGUCUGCCCAAUAGCCUCUACGGAAACGGAACGUCUCUCGGCCUAGCCGAAACGUUCGCCUCGGUCAUCGUUCCUGGUCGUCUCUCAAUUGACCAAAUUUCGCAGAUGACUUCUGGUAAGGUCGCUCUUUGUACUAGUACAUUUUCUGAACUUAUAUCGCCCUUUACCGAGGCCGAAGAGAAGAUGGUGUGGCAAAGACGUAAGCUGGAGAUGAACAUAUCCUUGCUUAAUCAAAGUGCUGAGGAGUAUUGUCCGUGUCUACAGAUCAGGAAGGGUUUCUCAACCUAUGGCUGUGAUGGAAUACUGAUCGCAGUAUUUGAGACUGGGUACGCAGAGCAGGGCACCUUCUCUCGGUGA